UUCCAAGUAUUCUAUGUCUAAGAGGCUGUUUUGUCAUGAUCUACUGGUCUUCAUAUAUGCGUCUUUAUUCCGUUGGGAAUUGUUUCUCCUUUUAUCGCUGCAAAAGACCCCAAACCAGUAACUAAUCGUCUAUCUUAUAUCACCACCCAUCAGUAUUCCUUUCUCCCUCUUUCUCUCUUCUCGUGACAAAAGCUGAUGCAGCUUUGAUUCAGAUUUGGUACAGUAUCUUUCUGUGCCAAGUCAAAAAGUUUUGCAGACUUAAUUUGGUACUACAGUGUUUUGGCAAUGCAAAACUGAACUUAGAUGCUGGUCGGAAGCAGAGAAGUGGAAAGAAGGAUGAUGAAGUUUCAAUCACCUUUAUUCUUGUUUUGUUUUCUUUCAAUAGCAAUACUAGGAAUUUGUAAAGCUGAAGAUUCUCUACCACUCAAUGAUGAUGUUCUAGGCCUCAUUGUCUUCAAGUCAGCUAUUUACGAUCCAUUUUCCCAUCUAGAAUCCUGGAGUGAAGAUGACAGCUCCCCAUGCGCGUGGGAGUUCAUAAAAUGCAAUCCAAGAAAUGGCAGAGUUUCUGAAGUAUCCCUUGAUGGAUUAGGCUUAUCAGGCAAGAUGGGAAGAGGCCUGGAAAAAUUGCAGGAUUUGAAGGUACUUUCUUUGUCAAACAACAAUUUAACUGGUAGUAUUAGUCCAGAGUUUGCUCUUAUAACUGGCCUAGAAAGACUUAACCUUAGUCAGAAUAACCUCAAUGGUAACAUUCCAUCUUCUGUUGCAAACAUGAGCUCAAUCCAGUUCCUAGACCUAUCAGAGAAUUCAUUAUCAGGGCCUAUUUCUGAUGAUUUAUUCGAAAACUGUCAAUCGCUAAGGUUCAUUUCUUUAGCUGGAAAUCACCUUGAAGGGGCAUUUCCCACAACCCUGUCUAGAUGCGUAAACUUGAACCAUCAGAACAUGUCCAAUAACCAUUUCUCUGGUGACCCAAAUUUUAAAGAAAUGUUUCAAUCCUUGACUAGGCUCCGGACAUUGGAUCUUUCGAAUAAUGAGCUAUCAGGACAAUUACCGUUUGGCAUUUCAGCUAUGCAUAACUUGAAAGAGCUUCUGUUACAAGGAAAUCACUUCUCUGGAUCAAUACCAACUGAUAUUGGAUUCUGUCCACAUUUAAGUACAUUAGACUUCAGUCAUAAUCUUUUCACUGGAGCACUUCCAGAGUCACUUCAGAGACUCAAUGCUCUUAACUUUUUUAGUUUGUCAAAUAAUGUUCUGGAUGGAGAUUUCCCUCAGUGGAUUAACAAGCUGAGCAGCCUGGAAUAUUUGGACUUCUCAGGCAACAAUUUACAGGGAUCACUGCCAAUGUCUAUUGGUGAAAUGAAUGCAUUGGAGUUUCUUGAUUUGUCGAAUAAUGGACUAACAGGAAACAUUCCCACGUCCAUGGCUUUGUGUGGCAGCCUUUCAGUGAUCCAGUUGAGUGGAAAUGCCCUCAAUGGUAGCAUUCCAGAAGGCCUGUUUGACAUGGAGUUGAAUGAGUUAGAUUUGUCAAGAAAUGAGCUCACUGGUUCAAUUCCAUCUGGCUCGAGUGAACUGUUUGAGUCUCUCCAAGUGCUAGAUUUGUCGGGGAACAAUCUAACAGGAGGUUUACCAGCAGAAAUGGGGUUGUAUUCCAAGUUAAGAUACUUGAAUUUGUCAUGGAAUAGUUUUCAGUCAAGACUGCCCCCAGAAAUUGGAUACUACCAGAAUCUCACUGUGUUAGAUCUUCGAAACAGUGCUCUAACUGGAUCAAUCCCAGAAGAUAUAUGUGAUUCCGGAAGCAUACGAAUUCUUCAACUAGAUGAAAAUUCAUUGACAGGGCCGAUUCCAAAUGAGAUAGGCAAUUGUUCAUCCCUAUUCUUGUUGAGCUUAUCCUACAAUAGCUUAACAGGUCCCAUACCCCCAUCUGUUUCUCUGUUGAAGAAGCUCAAGAUUCUGAAGCUGGAAUUCAACCAACUUAGUGGAGAGAUACCUCAAGAUCUUGGAAAAUUGGAAAAUCUUCUUGCAGUGAACAUAUCCUACAAUAGGCUCAUUGGUAGACUUCCUGCUGGGCCUGGGAGCAUAUUUCAGAACUUAGAUCAGAGUGCAUUGGAAGGAAAUUUGGGUAUUUGCUCUCCCCUCUUGAGGGGACCUUGCAAAAUGAAUGUUCCAAAGCCUUUAGUUCUUGAUCCAUAUGCUUAUGGCAAUCAUGGAGGUGAUCAGAACCAAGACGAUGAGCCUUCAAGAAGUACAAGAAGUUUUAGGCAUCACAGAUUCCUCAGUGUUUCAGCCAUUGUUGCAAUUUCAGCAGCUGCUGUGAUAGCUGUUGGUGUGAUGGUUAUAACUUUAAUUAAUGCUUCUGCUAGAAGAAAACUUGCCUUCGUUGAUAACGCUCUAGAAAGCAUGUGCUCAAGUUCAACAAAGUCUGGCAGUGUAGCCGCAGGGAAGCUCAUUUUGUUCGACUCAAAAUCUUCUCCAGAUUGGAUUAGCUCUAGUCUUGAAUCAAUACUGAACAAGGCAGCCGAAAUCGGGGGAGGAGUCUUCGGAACCGUUUACAAGGCUUCAUUGGGUGGGGAAGGAAAGGUUGUAGCUAUCAAGAAACUGGUGACAUCAAAUAUAGUGGAGUAUCCUGAAGACUUUGAUCGAGAAGUCCGAACUUUAGGCAGAGCGAGGCAUCAAAACCUGAUUCCUCUCAGAGGAUACUACUGGACUCCUCAGUUGCAGCUUCUGGUUUCUGAUUAUGCUCCUGAAGGAAGCUUACAGGCGAAACUUCACGAGAGGCCACCAUCAGCUGCACCCCUGACUUGGGCCACCAGAUUCAAGAUUGUGCUAGGAACAGCAAAGGGACUUGCUCAUUUGCAUCAUUCAAUCCGUCCACCAAUAAUUCACUACAACGUAAAGCCUAGCAACAUUCUUCUUGAUGAACAUAUGAAUCCCAAGAUAUCAGAUUUCGGCCUGGCAAGACUGCUAACGAAGCUCGAUAAACAUGUGAUAAGCAGCAGAUUUCAGAGUGCAUUAGGCUAUGUUGCACCUGAAUUAGCAUGCCAGAGCUUGCGAGUCAAUGAAAAAUGCGAUGUCUUCGGCUUUGGAGUGCUGAUCCUUGAGAUAGUAACUGGUAGAAGACCUGUAGAGUAUGGAGAAGACAAUGUUAUGAUUCUGAGUGAUCAUGUUAGAGUCUUGCUUGAACAAGGGAAUGCGUUGGAUUGUGUUGAUCCUAGCAUGGGGAAUUAUCCAGAGGAUGAGGUUUUGCCAGUUCUAAAAUUAGCCCUUGUCUGCACUUCUCAGAUACCUUCGAGUAGGCCUUCCAUGGCAGAAGUGGUGCAAAUUUUGCAAGUCAUCAAGACCCCGCUUCCACAGAGGAUGGAAGCAUUUUAAGAAGAUUAAUCCAUGAUCAACAGAUGAAGCAUUUUACCCUUUUUUUCUAAUCUGUCUUGGGCAGGAAAAUGUAGUAAAAUCUUAUCCUCCUGAGGUUCUACCACUAUUUUGUGUUGUUAAUUUCCCUUUCUUUUGAUGAUGUUAUUUACUAUCACUUGUUUGCAAUUGUAUUACAAAGUAAUUAGCAG